AUGUCGCUCAACUUCUGCGGCGCGAGGAAGGAGGUUCUCCGGCAAAUCGAGGCAAAUGCGUAUAACAGGAUCGAAAACUGUCAAGAGGACGUCCCUUCUGCCGACAUCGCACACGCCGCGUUCCUAUUCAGCGCGCGGGGUGAACUCAACAGGAGCUAUUGCACGGAUGCCAUACACCCAGACUGUGCCAUUAUUUCCCAGCACAUGAAGGCCCAGGAGCAGUGUCUGCUGACCCGGAGAGAGGAGGCCCGCAACAGGACAGGCAGGAAGGGCUGUCGGACGGAGUGGGAUGAGAUUCGCUGCUGGCGCCGGGCGGACGUGGGUCAGGUGGUCAACGUGUCCUGUGAGGAGGUGUCCCCGCUCUUCAGCAGUAACCACGGCUACAUCUUCAGGAACUGCACUAAGGAGGGCUGGACAGACCUGUACCCCACCUAUGAGGAGGCGUGUGAGUUCGGGGAGGUCGUCGAGACUGAGUCUGAGACGACCUACUACUCCACAUUCAAGCAGGUUUACACGGCUGGCUACGCCACCUCCCUGAUCUCCCUCAUUACUGCCAUCUUUGUGUUCACAGUGUUCAGGAAGUUCCACUGCACGCGGAACUACAUCCACAUGAACCUCUUUGCCUCCUUCAUCCUGCGGGCGAGCUCCGUGUUCAUUAAAGAUGGCGUCCUCUUCUCUGAUGAGACCCUGGACCACUGCUUCAUGUCCACCGUUGCCUGUAAGUCCGCCGUGGCCUUCUUCCAGUUCUGCAUCCUGGCCAAUUACUUCUGGCUCCUGGUGGAGGGCAUGUACCUGCAGACCCUGCUGGCGCUCACCUUCGUCUCCCAGAAGAAGUACUUCUGGUGGUACAUUCUGAUUGGCUGGGGUCUUCCCACAUCCGUCCUGACCAUCUGGGUGCUCGCCAGGUACUUUUACGACGACAGGGGCUGCUGGGAUGACACAGAAAAUCAGUUUAUCUGGUGGAUCAUCAAGGGCCCGAUAACGGCGUCACUGCUGGUCAACUUCAUCAUCUUCAUCAACGUGAUCCGGAUCCUGGUGCAGAAGCUGAAGUCCCCAGGCGUCGGGGGCAAUGAUACCAGCCACUUCAUGAGGCUAGCGAAGUCCACCCUUUUCCUGAUCCCGCUGUUCGGGAUGCACUACACCGUCUUCGCCUUCCUGCCCGAGAACACCGGGGAGGCCGCACGGCUCUACAUCGAGCUGGGGCUCGGGUCCUUCCAGGGCUUUGUGGUCGCCCUGCUGUACUGCUUCCUGAACGGAGAGGUGCAGGCGGAGAUGAAGAAGAGGCUGUGGAAGUGGCAGGUGCAGGGCUACCUGAGCUUCACCAAGAGACGGCGCACGCUGUUCACCGAGACCAGCACCGUCACCCAGAUCUCCGUCCUGGAGAAAUCCAGCCCCAAAGAGCUGCCCUCAGAGUGCCAGCACAGCAUCUCCUCUGUGUGA